AUGAACCCUGAGGAGCAAGUGCCCUUCUCUACAAGGGUGCUCGGUGAAAAGUUACCCAAAGGAUACAAGCCUCCUGCUAUCGGUGAAUAUGAUGGUAGUCAGGACCCAGAAGAUCAUCUCCGUAAGUUUAGGAAUGUUGCCCUGUUGCAUCAAUAUAGUGAUGCCAUCAAGUGCCGAGUGUUCUUUAAUACUUUAUUCGGUUCAGCAGAAAAAUGGUUUGACGGGUUGUCGAAUGGGUCCAUCACUUGUUUCCAAGAUUUCAAGACAGUCUUCAUGCGCCACUUCGCUAGUAGCAGGAAGUACCAAAAGAUAGAUCAUUGUCUCUUCGCGCUCAAGCAAGGGUCAGCUGAGCCCUUGCGAAUAGAGGGGAAGUUCUUCCGGGAUCUCAUUCGAGAUCCCGUAAAGAACUUCAACGAGAUACUGGGAAAGGCCGCCAGCUAUAUCAAUGUGGAAGAGGUUCAGACUGCUCGACGAAAAGCAGACAAGGUGUCUACUUCCACCAACAAACUAGAAAAGAAGGCACCACAGCCGCCAGCCCAUCCUCUUCCGAGUGCUCGGGAUGUCCGACCACCCUUUGGUUCCAGUCUGGAUACCCGACUAGUUCUGCAUGUGGCAGCUGUUCAAGUCCCAAAGCCUGGGUCGUGGGGACCGCGCUACUACACUUACCAUCGCUCCCACACCCAUGCCAGCAGUGACUACUUUCAGUUCACCUGA